GAUCCUGGAUGCGGCGCGCUAACUUAGAAUGGGGAGUUCUUCCCGCUCGAGCACCUUACUGGGAACCACAAUGGAUGACUGGAACAGCAAUAACAAAAUUAUUCAGAGGCUGGAUUUUUCCAGCUGUGGAGAAGACACUGAGUUGGAAGAAGAAAAUAGCAUGCAAGAGGAAGAACUAAGACAUGGCAGCCCCCAGAAAAACUGGAAGUCUCAGAGCUGGCGAAUGCCCAGUCCUGUCCCAGUUACUCCACAGAGGCAAAUAGUUGACCUCUCCCAGAGGCUUCCAAAGUCGUGGCCAAGUCCUGUGAGAGAAUGCAAAGAAUCUUUGAGAAAGAAAACUCUCUCUUUGAAGGAUUACCCUGGGACUCCACUGCACUAUGUUACUUGGCAAAAACUGCAACUCUGUGAUACCCCAAAUACCCCAAAGAGUCUCCUAAGCAAAACAGCUUUCCCUUCACCUGUGCGCAAAUUCCCCUCCAAAGGGAUGAGAAACUUGAGAUUCACUUCUUGCACUGACCCUGAGGAGACAUCUUUGGUUAACAUUAACCCAUUCACACCCGAGUCAUAUCGACAGAUGGUUUUCCAUCCCAAUGACAAGAGGAAAGCCAAAGGGAAGAUGGAUGAUCCUAGCCAAAAAGGGGGUCCUGUGGAGCAGGGGUUGCCAGCCAAGAGAUUUGUCUUACGUGAGAGCAACAUGGUGUCCCGCUACCAGAAGGAGUUCCUGGAGCUGGAGAAAAUUGGUGUGGGGGAAUUUGGUUCUGUGUACAAAUGCAUCAAAAGGUUGGAUGGGUGUGUUUAUGCCAUCAAGCGCUCAAAGAGACCCCUGGCUGGAUCUGCGGAUGAGCAAAUGGCUUUGAGAGAGGUCUACGCCCAUGCAGUGCUUGGCCAUCAUCCACAUGUUGUGCGCUAUUAUUCUGCUUGGGCUGAAGAUGAUCACAUGAUUAUUCAGAACGAGCACUGCAAUGGUGGAAGCCUUCAAGAUGUGCUUUUAGAAAAUGUGAAGACAGCAGACUAUUUCAAAGAACCUGAGCUGAAAGAGAUCUUACUGCAAGUCUCCAUGGGGCUGAAAUAUAUUCACGCUUCUGGCCUGGUUCACCUGGAUAUCAAACCCAGCAAUAUUUUCAUAUGUCACAAACUGAUGGGGCCUGCUGGUCAUGAGGAAAGUGACAGUGAAGAUGAUGGGUUUGCUUCUUCUAAUGUGGUAUAUAAAAUUGGGGACCUUGGGCAUGUGACGUCCAUUACCAACCCCCAAGUGGAGGAAGGAGAUUGCUGUUUCUUGGCAAAGGAAGUCUUGCAAGAGCAAUACUGCUAUCUGCCCAAGGCAGACAUCUUUGCGCUUGCACUGACAAUCGCUGUAGCGGCAGGCUGUGGACCACUUCCUGCCAACGAUACCAUGUGGCAUCACAUCCGCCAAGGCAACCUUCCACACAUCCCGCAGCCGCUGUCACGUGGCUUUGCAGAACUGCUGGAGUUAAUGAUUCAUCCUGAUCCAGUGAGAAGGCCAUCGGCUGCUGCAUUAACCAAACAUUCUGUUCUCCGACCUUCUCUUGGGAAAGCUGCCCAACUUCAAAGACAGCUCAAUGUGGAGAGGUUCAAAACUGCUAUGCUAGAAAGGGAGCUAAGAGCAGCCCGUCUUGCCCAAACCUUCAAAAAGGACCUGUCUUUGGAAUGUGCCCAGUUUCGACCAUCUGGAUUCAGUGCAAAGCAUCAGAACAGCAAGAAACGUUUGGUGGGAGGCAAAAAUGCCCGGUCGUUUAGCUUCACAUCUGGUGGCUAUUGAGAACCAGGCUGCUCAAGCUUUGGAAGGCAUAUCUCAGAGUGAAGAGUGACCAUGCAGGAUAAGAGAUCAUAACUGCUUCAUUUUUGCCAUCAUGACUACAAUUAGCAUGGUGCAAAA